CUACCCAGAGAUGGGAAGACAUGGACUUCUUUUAGACAUAGCGUAUGUAAAAGCUUCUCAAGGCUGAAGAGUUCUGGGAAGGCCAGGCUGCAAUCACAUUCACUCUUAGGACGAACGGAGAAGACUACCCUCAGAGCAGACAUUUUUCCUGGGGUCACCCAGUAAAGCCAGUAGAGACUUAAGGAUUGAACACAGGUCUCUCUACUCCAUGGUUGUGAUUCUGAGUGACUCCAGUCCUUUUCAAUAGACGCCUAGGAGCAUUCGGAGGAACCAACCAUUUUGAGGUCCCGAGGGGCGAGUAACCGGUUCUCAAUGGCGCCUUAGGCGGAAGCUUUAAAGCAGCACCGAACAGCAACACAAGUGUCCUCCUUCCGGUAUCCUUAAGGCCGUCACCCUGAAUGGUAAAGCCCCGCCCACCCCGGGGCAUCUCGGGAAAUGCAGUUCUACCUUUAUUUAGACUGUAGGUUCUAAGAAGGAAGGUGUGACAGCGAACUGAGGCUUUUGGCUGCUCGGCGGGUUAUCUCAUCGGGCGAAGCUGUCGGACGAGACCGGCGCCUGUCGAGCGGCCCCACUUCUGGUCGGCGGGCAAAAACAGAGCUCUUCUCCUUUAAUUGCAGUGGGCGGGACGCGGCGACUCCGCCGGCGUUGCUAUUGGCGGCGAUUGGGGGCGCGGAAACUGAACUGGCACAACUGCCGCCGCAACUACCUCGGGAUUUUGGGGUGCUGCUGGUCCUGCCAGCCCUGCCAGCCCCGCCAUGGCCGCUCCCACUCCGGAUGACCCCUCACUGGAGAGGCAUUUUAAGGGCCACCGAGAUGCAGUCACCAGUGUGGACUUCAGUCUCAACACGAAGCAGCUGGCCAGCGGCUCCAUGGACUCAUGCCUCAUGAUCUGGCACAUGAAGCCCCAGUCACGUGCUUACCGCUUCACGGGCCACAAGGACGCUGUGACUUGUGUGAACUUCUCCCCGUCAGGACACCUGCUUGCCUCAGGCUCCAGAGACAAGACUGUUCGCAUCUGGGUACCCAAUGUCAAGGGUGAGUCAACCGUGUUUCGUGCACACACGGCCACAGUGAGGAGUGUCCACUGGUGCAGUGAUGGCCAGUCGCUCGUGACAGCCUCUGACGACAAGACAGUCAAGGUGUGGUCAACUCAUCGCCAGAGAUUCCUGUUUUCCCUGAGCCAGCACAUCAACUGGGUCCGCUGUGCCAAGUUCUCCCCUGAUGGGCGGCUCAUCGUGUCGGCCAGUGAUGACAAGACUGUCAAGCUGUGGGACAAGACCAGUCGGGAGUGUGUCCACUCAUACUGUGAGCAUGGCGGCUUUGUCACCUAUGUGGACUUCCACCCCAGUGGGACGUGUAUCGCGGCUGCAGGCAUGGACAACACGGUGAAGGUGUGGGAUGUGCGGACUCACCGGCUGCUGCAGCAUUAUCAACUACACAGUGCAGCCGUGAAUGCCCUCUCCUUCCACCCGUCGGGAAGCUACCUCAUCACAGCCUCCAGCGACUCAACCCUGAAGAUCCUGGACCUGAUGGAGGGCCGGCUGCUCUACACACUCCAUGGGCACCAGGGACCUGCUACCACCGUUGCCUUUUCAAGAACGGGGGCGUAUUUUGCUUCUGGAGGCUCUGAUGAGCAGGUGAUGGUUUGGAAGAGUAACUUUGAUGUUGUUGAUUAUGGAGACGUGAAAGUACAGAGGCCUCCACCCCUGGCCAGCUCUGCUGGGAAUCUGCCAGAAAUGGAUUUGCAUGGCCCACCAGGCAGAGACAAGAGUCUGGAGUCAGUGCAAGGCCAGCCCCAAGAGCCUGUCAAUAUGCCCCAGACGCUGACCAGCACACUGGAGCACAUUGUGAGCCAGCUGGACGUCCUCACACAGACAGUGUCCAUCCUGGAGCAGCGGCUGACACUGACAGAAGACAAGCUGAGGCGGUGUCUAGAGAACCAGCAGCUAAUCAUGCAGAGAACGCCAUCAUGAUUGGGACAGGAAUCGGGAGCUCAGUCCACUAGGGAUUUGUACGGGGCUUAGUAAAUAAAUAAAGGGAGCCACACCUGGACCCAGUCUGGGAUUGGGUGCUCCUGCUCCCCCACCCCCAAGUGCUGUUUGUACCUGGAGCCUCCCCACCCGACCAUAGGACGCUCCCAGUAGGCAGUGCACACAGAAGGGAAACUUGAGACCCUGCUGGCAGGACCACACUCAGUUUAACCAAAAGGAACCACUUGGACCGUGCGCUCCCUCAGAGUCCUAAGAUGGUGGCCCGCUGUCUGGAGAGCCUUGCUAGGUUUUCACUCAACCUCACUUCAGUCCCCUGCCUGGCUUCUAAGUCGGCAGCUCAUUGCUUGGACGAACCAAGAAUUUUCUCUCCACCUGACCCCCGCCUCCAGAAAGCCCCCAGUGGGACCAUCUGAGUCGAACAAGCUUGGUGGAAUGGGUAGGGCCUUUCAAAGGCUUUACUUUCUGUUACCACAAAUAUUCACCAGGGCCUGUGACUCCUUCCUCUCUACAUGCAUGAGAACAAAGGAAUCUGAAAAUUAAAACUAAUUUGACUGAUCCUUGUUGCAGGAAUGGCUUGUUCUGGGUAAGACCUAACCAGUCCCCCAUCCCAGGGCCCGUAAAGAGAGAAUCACAGCAGCAACAGAGGGGUUGGGGGUGUGUUGUUGGAGGAUUGUUUCUGAGACCAAGGAUACCCUUGU